UUGAGUCAUAACAAUCAAAAUGUCCACAUUCGGUACUUUAUUCAGAGUAACUACAUACGGUGAAUCACACUGUAAAUCAGUUGGCUGUAUCGUAGAUGGUGUUCCACCUGGAUUACCCCUCGAGGACGUCGAUAUUCAAGCUCAGCUGUCAAGAAGACGUCCAGGUCAAUCGAAUUUAACAACACCACGUAAUGAGGCAGACGCCGUACAAUUACAAUCAGGUAUUGAGCACAACGUUACACUUGGUACCCCAAUCGGUUUACUCGUACAAAAUAAGGAUCAACGUCCCCACGAUUACAGCGAGACCGACCUCUACCCACGUCCUAGUCACGCAGAUUGGACCUAUUUGGGCAAAUACGGUAUCAAAGCCAGCUCCGGCGGCGGUAGAUCAUCAGCCCGUGAGACUAUUGGCAGAGUUGCCGCAGGUGCAAUCGCCGAAAAGUAUCUGAAACUCAGCCACGGCGUUGAAAUUAUCGCAUUCGUCAGUUCAGUUGGUAAAGAACAUAUCCCAUACAUACCAACAGACACCGAUGAGCCUAUUAGUAAGGAGUUUAGAGAUAUUAUGAGUACCGUCACUCGCGAAGAAAUAGACAAAGACACCACCAGAUGUCCUCAUAAGGAAACUGCCGAGAGGAUGACAGAGCGUAUCAUCAAAGCUAAGGAGGCUAAUGACAGUAUCGGUGGUACCGUCACUUGCGUUAUUCGCAACUGCCCAAUCGGUUUGGGUGAGCCUGUCUUUGACAAGCUCGAAGCUAAACUCGGUCACGCAAUGUUAAGCAUUCCAGCUACCAAAUCAUUCGAGAUUGGCUCUGGAUUUAGAGGUACUGAGGUUCCUGGCUCAGCUCAUAACGAUCCAUUCGUCAAGAGUACUAAAGGAUUAAACGGUUUGGGAACUACUACAAACUGGUCAGGUGGUGUUCAAGGUGGUAUUUCCAACGGCGAGGACAUCUACUUCAAGAUUGGUUUCAAGUCACCAGCUACUAUCUCACAAGCCCAACAAACAGCAAAGUAUAAUGGUGAUGCAGGUGUUCUCGAAGCUCGCGGUAGACACGAUCCAUGUGUCGUUCCACGCGCUGUACCAAUCGUCGAAGCAAUGGCUUCAAUCGUAAUAAUGGAUCAACUCCUGAUUCAAAACUCUCGCACAGCAGCUGCUUCUUUGUUGCCACCAAUCACUACACUUCCACCAACUAUGGUUUUAAGUCAAAGUGCUAUGUCUGAAAUAAAGAAGGAAGCCGACAAGAAUGCAGAGCAAGCAGCUAAUUAAGUUAUUUAAUAUAGGUUUAUUAAUAUUUCUUUGUUAGGAUUCAUUUCACUUUUAGGAUUCAUAAUAUGUUUAAUUCC